AUGGGGCCCGUCGGUGAGCACCACCACCGCAGUCAACUUCAAUCGACCACAACUCACGCUACAGACAUCGGAUUACUCUCAAAAAUAUACCAUUCGAUUCCUUUCAUCACAAAGAUCAUAGCGAGUACUGAAAAUAAAAAGCAAAACAAUUACCUACAUGCGGCGGUCAUUGAAAUGUGGGGCCAACCAGACCUCUCACUACCACGCAUCUUAACUUCAAUCGAUCAUAACUCACGCUACAGACAUCUGAAAACUCUAAAAUCUAUCGCAAUCGAAUCCUCUCGUCUCAGAGAUCAUAAUGGGCUUUAG